UUCCCGGCCGGGAGCCCGCACCGUCCCGCGGAGACCCAGAGCCUGCGCUCGCCAUGAAGCGGCCCAGGGAGCCCAGCGGCUCUGACAGCGAGUCCGACGGACCCAUCGACGUGGGCCGCGAGGGCGAGCUGAGCCAGAUGGCCAGGCCGCUAUCCACCCCCAGCCCUUCACAGAUGCAAGCCAGGAAGAAACGCAGAGGGAUCAUAGAGAAGCGGCGCCGGGACCGCAUCAACAGCAGCCUUUCUGAGUUGCGGCGCUUGGUCCCCACCGCCUUUGAGAAACAGGGCUCCUCUAAGCUGGAGAAGGCCGAGGUCCUGCAGAUGACAGUGGAUCACUUGAAAAUGCUUCAUGCCACUGGUGGGACAGGAUUCUUUGAUGCCCGGGCCCUGGCGGUGGACUUCCGGAGCAUCGGUUUUCGGGAGUGCCUCACCGAGGUCAUCAGGUACCUGGGGGUCCUGGAAGGGCCAAGCAGCCGUGCAGACCCCGUCCGGAUUCGUCUUCUCUCACAUCUCAACAGCUACGCAGCCGAGAUGGAGCCUGCUCCCACGCCCACUGGCCCCCUGGCCUUCCCUGCCUGGCCCUGGUCCUUCUUCCAUAGCUGUCCUGGGCUGUCAGCCCCGAGCAACCAGCUCACCAUCCUGGGAAGAGUGCCCGGUCCCAUCCUCCCCAGCGCUUCCUCUCUGGCUUACCCCAUCCCAGCGCUCCGAACCCCUCCUGUGCGCAGAGCCGCGGGCGCCGUCCUGCCAGCCCGGAGGAAUUUGCUGCCCAGUCGAGGGGCAUCUUCCACGAGGAGGGCCCGCCCCCUUGAUAGGCCAGCUGCCCCCCUGCCCGUGGCACCCAGCAUCAGGGCUGCCAGGAGCAACCACGUGGCACCUCUCCUACGAUCUUCUUCCCCCGUGCCCCCUGGCAUCGUGGGGUCCCCCACUUAUGUGGCCGUUCCUGCUGCCAGGCCCUCUUCCCCAGGGGCAGCUGGGAGGCCAGGAGUGCUCUGCCCCUCCUGGGUCUCCGAAAUCACUGAAAUCGGGGCUUUCUGAGCUGGUUUCUCCCCAGGCGUGAGGAGGGUUCUUUUUCCAGGAGCUCUAAAAACAAGUGCUGUCUCCUGCCCUGCUGCCUGGCCUGGCUCACCUAUCUGUGAAGGCAUCUUCCUCACCCAUCAGAGGCCCCUUUCCCCUCGGCCCAUCUCCCCUCCUGGUUGCCUGGCCCGGCUUGUCGACCCAGCUCUCCUGGAGCUCUUCCGAUCUCUGAAGCCUGGUCUCAUUCCUUUCUUGGGACAAACAAGUCCUAGGAGAGCCCCCACAAGCUUUGCCCAGACUCUCUCCUGCCCCUGCAUAUGGGGGGCAGCAGGCAUGAACCUAAGGACUGGGAACAGGCUAGGCAGGCUGCUUGCCUCGAGAGCUCAGAACCCAGCCUGGGCGGUGAUUGACUGGUGCAGCCUUCCCAGGCCCCCAGGGCCUGAACCUAGUGUCUGCCUCACUUCCGGAGACAGCAACCAGGCAGGGGCCGCAGAGCAGUCUCUGGGGAACCCUGUCUGCCCCUGCCCACCCCAUGGCAGCGAACCACAGGACAGGCCCCCGCUGUGUACCACACCCAAGGCCCGGGGUUAGGGGCCCAGGAGGGCCUGCUUGGGCCAUCUUCUUCACUGCAGACACCUACCCUCCAGCUGACGCACAGUUCCCUGCAUAGAGACAGGAGGUUUCCGGGCAGCAAUUAGGCUCUAACACAGGGCGUCCUUAACCACUGGGCCUGAGACGGUGCUCCCGGACAAGAGCCAGGAUUGAGCAGAGAACCCAGCUCCCUGCCUCUCGCACCGUCGCCAUCCUCCAGAUGCACGGUCCCUGUUUGGGUGCACGGCGCGGAGGGUCAGGUUCCCAUGUGAUGGCGCCCCGAGAGGAGCCCCCUUGGGACUCAGCCCCAGACGUCUGUGCUGCCUGGUUUCCAUCCGGCUCACAGAGCCCAGACUGUGGGACAGCCAAGGGCUGUCCGGCUGGACAAAAAUAACCGCAAGGAGGGGCGAGAGGAAGGACAGUCAGAGGCGGCUCUCGGUCCUUCAAGGUCACAUGGUGGGUCAAGGGCCUGAGAUCCUGUUCCUCCAGGAUGCCAAGCAGCCGGCUCCACUUGGAGGCCGUUUCGUGACCCGGGCCCUGGCCGCUUCUCCUCUAGCGGAGGGAACAAAUGGUGGCCUGGCGACCAUUCCCAGUGGGACAGCGGAGACUGGACAAGAUUGGGGCAGACCCGGGACUGACGUUCAGCUGGACCAGUGUUGCCAGACCAGUUGUUAAAAUGUAGAACCACUUUUGCGCUUGUUGGCAAAUAUCUGCUUCUCUUGAGCACCUCUAAGGCCCCCCCCACCCCGUGUGGCUUCCUCCCGGGACCCUGUGCUGAUUGAUGACCGCUGGGCCGACCCGAGGCCGUGGCAUCCUCCAGCUGGCAAUUCCUCGGUGCUUAUUCGCGCUGGUUAUUAAAUACUUCUUUCGAAUGUCACCCCUGGGAAGGUGCUUUCAGCCCUGCCCUUUGAUGGAACUACCCUCCCCGGAGACUAAAUUGAGGAGGAGGUCCUUGGGCUCAGAAAUAGAAUUUGCGAAAACCCUAAGGGGAAAGGGCCUUUUUUGGAGAAAUGGGGCAGAGGGCAGAGAUCACUUAAAUGACCCAGAAAUCUCUUUUGAAAAGGCAAAUUCCUCCAGGAGGCAUGAAGAGCUAGUGUAUCCUUUGCACAGUGUUUGUUCGAUCAGAUUUCUGUUCUCCCGGAAGCAUCUGAGAUG